AUGGAGGGUGGCGCGAUUUCGGAUGCCCAGAUAACUGCUUCUUCGCGAAUGAACAACAACAGCACACCAAGACAGGCGAGACUGAACUUCAUUGAACAGGGAAUCAAGCAAGGGGGGUGGUCGUCUCUUAAAAAUGAUCGUAACCAAUGGCUUCAGGUGGAUCUUGGCAGUCACACCACUGUGACAGGUGUGGCGACUCAGGGAAGGAACUCAACAAAAUGGCGGCAGUGGAUUGCAACUUUCACGUUACAGUUUAGUUUUGACGGAGUGAUCUUCCAGUCAUACAAAGAGCCAGGGAAAAUGCCAGCAAAAGUAAAGCGUCUUUGAAUUAUCAUUCUAUGAAUUCAUUCUCUGAAUGGGUUUUCCUUACAAAUCUCUUCUUAAGAGGUCCCGAAAAAGAAAAGACUCCCCUGAAACAUACCCACAUGUACCAUAACUUUAUAGUAUAACGUUGUCUGGCUUUUUUAGCAUUGCAUCGAUCAAUUAACACACCUAAAAAUGUUGUGAUCAACAGCAUUGUGUCUGGGUUUGACUUGGCUAACUUUAACAUAAUCCAAAGAUCGAAAGGAAAAUUCGUUUUGGAAGAUAAACUCAAUUUUUUUGUUUGACAAAAUGUUGGCAUCAUUAUGAAUCAGUGAAGUUUCGUCAUAAUCUGAUAGACCUUUAAAAUUACGAUGUAUGCAUAGGACCAAAUGACACUCCUUUAAGUUUAUCAGUCUUUCCAAAUUUUGUGUAUAUAUGAACUGUCCUGCGAAAGCGAGGUAUCUACUUGAGCUCAGCUGAUUUUGGUUUUAACUAUCAGGUACUUCACGCCAAUCAAGACAGUGAUACAGUUGUGUAUAACAAGUUGAUCUCACCAAUCACAGCUCGUUAUAUCAGACUUUUGCCAGUCACGUGGUACAACCAUAUAUCACUCAGAAUGGAGCUAUAUGGGUGUGGAGGUAUUUCAUGACAUGAUGGUAUUUUAAGUAGAGAAAAAAAUCACUUUUGGUGUCACAAAAGAAACAAAACUGUUUAGUUUUUCUGGGGACGCCAAGAUGGGUGUAAAACACCUUUGAACCUAGAAGGCAAAAUUUGAUAUGCAAACAAAAUAGAGUGCGAUUAAAACCGACAAAAGAGGCAGGAAAAGAGCCAAAAAACCAAUACAUCAAGGGAAAAUAGUGUACAAAACUUGUUAAAGAAAGAAAACCUAAAAAAAUAAAAUGUUCGAAAUCAUGUUAACACGCCUUUCAUGUUUCUUCUAAAUUAUUUUCCUGUCAAGGAGCGAAGAGAAUCUUAGUAUCUUAUUUCACUUUUGAACUCUUGCUUAAAAUCUAUAUUUUGUAAAAACCAUAUGGAAGUGUUUGAAGUAAGGGUUUAGAGUACUGAUUCUUCAUAAUUUUCAGAGAUUAGCCUAUGAUCUUUGAUCAUGCAAGAUUUGCUUCUAAAACUUGUACCCGACUUAUCUUCAUCCUAAUAGAUUAGAGGGAAAGAUUCUCGUUUUGAAAGGGAUGUUAUAGCACCUUUCUUGAGUUUCCUUUCUGAUUAAACUCAUUCAGGUUGUUCCUCACCACUUGGCAUGGAGAGUCAGGUUAUCUCCGAUGCCCAAAUAACCGCCUCCACCGAAUGGAAUAAUUACAAUUCUGCAAAAUUUGCACGGUUAAACUUGGGCGGCUGGGUUGCCAGAGCAGUUGAUCCUAGACAGUGGCUUCAGGUGGAUCUUGGAACUUACUCAAGCGUAACGAGUGUUGCAACUCAAGGAGUGAACCUACGAGGCUGGCGAAAAUGUUGGACAGCCAGUUACAAUCUGCAGUACAGCGACGAUGGAAUAACAUUUCAUUUUUACAAAGAACCUGGAGGAACUCUUCCAAAGGUAUAUCCAGAAAGUGGCAUUGAAGUGAAUUUGAAAAUGCCCUUGACUUAUUUUAAAAAAUACUUUUUUAUGGUUCCAUGAUUAUUGCGGUCUGAGCUGGGUUUCCUGAGAGAAGUCAAUCACUAUGUUAUCUCUUUCUGCGUCAUGCCAUGUAGAAACCUUUAUAUUUCAAAGUCACUUACGCAGUCGUUACGGCAGUUAUCGGUGCAUGCUUCGUUUUAGUAGAGGGAGAGCACUUUUCCUCUGUUCUUUCUAUUCUUCUUCCACCAAACAAAAUAAGAGUUAAGUCUUAUUUGUAACAAUAGUUUGAAGAAAUACAAAAGUCGAUAAUAAGUUAUGUCAUGCUUCAUGAUCAUUUUACAGGUGCUUAGUGGAAAUCAAAACUUCCACUCAGUUGUGUUAAACAAGUUGAGGCAACCAAUUACAGCUCGUUACAUUCGAUUCAAACCUUUACUCUGGAAAUAUCGAAUUGGAAUGCGAACCGAGAUCCAUGGUUGCCUAGGUAUUGUCAAAAUAUUAUUUUAUUCAGGGCAUGUUGUCAAGAAUUUAUUUUCCUUAUGAGGAAGGAGGGGAGCUCUCAACAAGUUUGAGGCCUAACAGGAAUAGACUCUGUUAAAAGUUUGAUAUUUCAGAACUGUUUGAAAUUGUUUCACAAAUCACAAAUUUUUGAUUAUAGACUAAAGCCAUGCUAUCAAAUCAGUAAUUAAACAUACAUUUUUGCAGCUGCAAAAGUCAUAUAUAGUAUAACGAAUAAGGACUUGGCUUCGUAAUUAUUUCUCUUGAAAAUAUGAAUUGCCUUUUUCUCGCUGGAGGAAAGCUACUUCAAUUUUAGUAUCCUUUACCUGUCAUAGUGUACUCUCUCUAAUUUGUUCAUCAAUAAACUGAGGGUAUUCGUAACGGUGAUCACGUGAUCUGAUCAUGGAAAUUGCGCUUAUGUUUGAAAAUUUUUAGUUGAGCCAGGACGCAUUUUUAUAAAGUAUCAAACCGUGAAAGACGCUUGGAAGCUAGAUUGUAGUUGCAUGCUAAUGAGAAGCUUCUUGUCUAAUGAUAAAAAUUCAAAAUUCAUUAAUUACAGAAUGCACUGUCCCUCUUGGAAUGGAAAGUAGGUCGAUAUCUGAUGCGCAAAUCACUGCUUCCUCGCAAUUGGAUGGAAACCACCCCGCAGUACAAGGCAGGUUGCAUUUUCAGACCGUGGGAAACAACGCUGGGGGGUGGUCGGCUCUUACAAGCGAUGCCAACCAAUGGCUUCAGGUAGAUUUUGGUAGUUACACUCAUGUGACCCAAGUGGCGACUCAGGGGGUGAACGGAGUUGAUGAAUGGGUGACCAGAUACAGGUUGCAGUUUAGUGAUAAUGGAGUGAUGUACAAGUUCUACCAAAAAACUGGGGACACUUCGGUCACGGUAAGGCUUAUCCUCAUUUAAAGAAUUUUAUCAACUGAGCUAACUUCCAAUAGACAUAAUUGUUUUCAUAAAUGAAAAUAUACAUCUGCAAAUACUGUAAUUUAAUGUUUACACACAGUAUGAACAGGAUAUAACCACGGGUAAGAGACCAUGGAAGCACUGUUAGUGUGCCAACGCAAAACUAUUCAUUUAUUUCAUUAGUUAUUCAUUAUCACCUGUUAUUUCAAGUGCAAUUCUGAAAGUAGAGCCGGCUAAAAAGGACAAACGAACAAACCAGCAAUAGAGUAAGUCGUCGCAACUCAGACUUCAAAUUAGAUCUUAAUUUGACUGUGACAUUAAUAACGAUUUUCAGGAGUUUAAGGGAAACCAAGAUCGUAACGAGGUUGUGUAUAAUACACUUCGUCCGCCACUCAAAGCGCGCUAUGUCCGCAUAAUCCCAACACAAUGGAACAAACAUAUCUCCAUGAGGAUAGAGCUCUUUGGAUGUCCAGGUAAUUGAAAACUAUUGGUGGCUUUUAAAAUAUUUUCUUGUUGGGUUCUUCUUAUCGUUUUUCACAGGACAUUGAUGCAAAGCAAAAUUACUUGAUAGUGAAAAGGUUACUAUUAGGGUUGACUCAAAUCUGUCGCGGCGGUUUGUUGUUAACCGCUCCACGGACUAAAUGUCGACCAAAGAUCAUCCAGUUGGGGAACUACUUUAUAACAUACUUCUUCUGAAGCUUAGUGGAAAAGUUGUCGAUUGCGUUCUUUGACUAAGCAUAAUCAUAACUGGCUGAUUUAAACGAAUUUAACCAUGACACGAUCAGACGUUUUUCGGAUCCGAGAUGAGGUCUUACUUGAGCCAUUGACGAAAUAAUUCAUAUGACGCUUCCUAAAAAUGAGAACUGUUUGAAUUUUUCCAAUUGAAAAUGAAGGAAUAAAUAAGUUCCUUAAAUUUCCCAAACCAAUCGUAACUUUGGUACAUUUACAAAGAAGCCUAUCAACAUACAUACAAAUAAUAAAAUGAUAGUGUAGGAGAAUGGAAGGGAAAGAAAGGAAAGAUGUCCUCAGCGUUUUGUCGAAAAGUAUGACUCGACAAAAAACACCAAAUUACAAAUCAUGUACUCAGGCUGGGAACUUCACCGAGUAAACUAAGUUAGGAUGAUCAAUUGUUGUUUUCUCCUUUAGAUUGCAUUGCACCCGCUGGUAUGGAGAGUAGACUGAUCUCCGAUGGCCAAAUCAGUGCAUCAUCACAACUGGAUGAUAAUCAUGCACCACAUCGCGCCAGACUGAAUACCAAGAUAAGUGGAAUAAAGCAGGGCGGUUGGCUUCCUCUUACAAAUGACCGUAAUCAAUGGCUUCAGGUGGAUCUUGGUAGUUACACUCGAGUUACGCGAGUAGCGACUCAAGGGAGGGAUGGCUAUGACGAGUGGGUUACUUCCUUUCAGUUAGAGUACAGUAUUAACGAAAUCACUUUCAAGUCUUACAUGGAAAUUGGUGGUGGCCACCCCAAGGUACGAAGCGCCAACUAAUUCAAUGCAGAGCUGCCUUGAGAAUUAUUGGCGUGGUCAAAAUACUUCGGAAAUAAAUUUAUAUAAGAUAUUUUAUAACUCUAUCAACGCUUAUUUGCACAUGCAUGACAAAAAGUACAUAGAGAACAACUCAAGCGGCGUUAAUUUUCUCGCUAUUGUUGCGAUGUAACGAAUUUGUAUCGAGCAAAGGAAAGUGGCUUUCUGACCCAAUGAGAGCAAAGGCCAUCACUCACUGUAGAUCUCAAGGGAUGGUUUCCAGCCAAAGAACCUGACGAAUAAUCGAGUAUUUUCCUAAGCUGUACAAACUUCCACUACAGUGUGUCAUUCAAAUAUAUAACAAAAGGCAGACGCAGAACUCUUUUCUUUCAUUGUUAAUCAUCCGCAAGCCUUACGCAUCAUUUUUCCUUGAUGCUUUCUGUGUUUUUCUCGCUUAGAUAUUUCCCGGAAAUGGUGAUAGUGAAACUGCUGUUUUCAACAUUCUUAAACCUCCAAUCACAGCACGAUACAUAAGGAUCUUACCCAUAGCGUGGUAUAAAAACAUAGCGAUGAGAAUAGAGAUCUACGGUUGUACAGGUAACGUUUUAACAGUAACAAAUGAUGCCAAUAAAAAAUCAAAUUGGGGUGCCUUUUAACAGGCCUUUUUUACCUCAUGGUAUGACGUUAGUUGUACUGUAAGUUUUUAUUAUGGAAGGAAAAUUCACUCAUUCACUAACUCACUAACCCUAUUCUCUGAUCUGUUAGACAAUUAAUGUAUGCAUUAAAACUUUGAGUAAAUACGUCAUCUCCUACCUCCCCGUUUUAAGCUUACCUUUGUCCCCAAUAUUAUGCUAUUGUCUUCUGUUCAAAUACCUAGGGGUUGACACUAGGUGCGAAUUUUUGCCUGAGUACACGGAGUUAUCAGCAAAGUUCAAAAUGGCUGAAAUGAUCGGGCUGAUUUUUCUUUCUUUUCGCUUUCUAUCUUCAUUUGGUCGCGCCGCGUGAGCAAUUAUAAUUCUUGUCUUCAAAUUGAUUUUCACGUAUCUCUUAACCAUAUGUUGCUGUUUUAAGGUUAUGAUUUCAUUUAUUUUACCUUUAUAGCCGAUUUUAUUCUUUCUUCAAGUUGAUUUUGCGUAUCUGUUGCGGCUAUAUUUUACGCUUAUUUAUCAUGUUUUGAGAUUUUAUUGAUUUCAUUUAAUUUGAUCGUUCGCCUUGCGAGCUACUUCGUUACUAGGGAGUAAAUCUUGCUUGUGCACGGAUUGAAUUUGCCAUCGUGUACAAAUAGUUUUGUCACUGACUGUGAAUAUAUGAAAAUCAUAUUUGUAAACUCCGGUUUAAUUAAGAAAUUUAUAUGAAUACUUCUGUUUUAGUAGUGUUCAUUACUACCAAGAUCGCUUUCAUAUUAUAUUUUUUUUUUCACUGUUUGGCCGUCAAUUUAUGUGAUUUUUAAUUAAUUGCCGUCUUGGUUUACUUUUGGCUCCAAGUUUUGGUACUCUGGUUAACGCUUCUAAAUUGGUAAUUUAAGGGUGCAACUUGCGCUAUUGGAAGAAUAUGGCAAAGAUUUACAGUUCUCACCACUCAAAUGAAUAAUUAAGACAUACCAUGAGGUAAUUCCUCGAAGCCUUUGAUUUGAAAGUAUACCGGCGAAUAAAGAAUUAGUUUUGAAGUAAGAUGAUAAAUACCAAAAAUUAUGCAGAUGCAAAUGCAACAUCGCUCAAGAAAGUGGAAUUACAGUCGGAUACCAAUAAACUAGAGCCUUUUCAAUUCACUUCUUUGACAUUAAUAGAUAUUAUUUUUACCAUCCUUUACACUCUUUUCAUUUUCGCGACACUUCCAACGUUGUUGAUCCUAGCACGGUACGGGACUCGUCUCAUAUCAACCUAAAAAUGGCGUAGCUCACCACAUAGUUCUCUAGAGCUCAGUAGCACAGUAUCGGAACGAGAUGUAUAUAUAAAUCUUGAUUAUAGUCUAUCCUUAUAUAUGCGAGGUUCUGGAACUCGAUUCUUCGAAGAAAACCCAGACUUUUUCUCUUUUCCAAGCUCCUGACGAGCCGAAUGACCUCUUACUCAAUUAAUUUAUGUUCACCUAUUUCAGUGUGCAGCACACCUCUUGGAAUGGAAAGUGGGGCAAUCAAAGAUGCACAAAUAACCGCCUCUACACAGUGGGAUGACAAUCAUGCCCCAUCAAGGGCCAGGCUGAAUUGGAAGUUGACUGGAGUAAAGAGAGGAGCCUGGUCAACUCGUGUACUGAAUCUCAAACAGUGGCUUCAGGUAGAUCUUGGCAGCUAUACCAUUGUGACCGGUGUCGCGACUCAGGGGAGGAAUGCACCCCGAUUACAGCAGUGGGUGACCAAGUACAGGUUGCAACACAGUACUGAUGGAGUGAACUUUCAUUUUUACAUAGAAAAAGGCGACAACUCAUUCAAGGUAUUUUCGUUUUCUUGGUUUUAAUGUUUGGUAACAGACAUGGGUGAUAAAGAGUGCGAAAGCCAGCCACGGUAAUGAUGUUAAAGAACUUCUACCGGUGCCAAACAAAAUUUACUAAUUCUAAAUGCAAUACGUUUUCCAGAGGAGAAAAAAAAACAUUCAACUAUACGGAAACAUCCGAAAAGGUGAAAAAACUGAGAAAAGAAUCAAAAGCUAACUUUAGAGAUCAUGGUGAACUAUGGAAGCAGGAUUGAAUAUUUGACGAUCCAACUAAAUUAAAGGUGUCAAAGACGAGGAGAUUUGAGAGGAAAAAUUCCAGCCGAAUAUGCUUUGAGGUUUUCCAUCAUAAUUAAAUUUCCUUCUUAGCCACCUUAAAUAAAAAAACAAAUCCGGAAAAAUUAAUUCUCCAUAGUAAAUCGAUUCAGAUUCGUUACAAGUUAAACUUCAUUCAUCUUCUGAAGAAUCAAUCCGGUUAUAAAAGACUUCUCCUCGGCUCUUUAGUGAGUUCCAGAAGUCAGCAUAAAUCUACUUGUCACAAUGUCUCCAAAGAAUGAGAGAUGAUGAUAUUUUCUUCAGGUGUUUAGUGGUAAUCAAGACCGAGACAGCAUUGUUUACCACAAAUUGGCAAGGCAAAUUACGGCACGUUACAUCCGGUUCAUUCCAGUGGAAUGGCGAAAUCACAUCUCUAUGAGAAUGGAAAUCUAUGGCUGCGCAGGUACAUCGCGGUGUAUCUCAUUGUUGCUGUUGUAG